AAAUAAAACCAUGAAACAAUCGAAAGUAUUCACACACCAUCGAUAGGUGUUUUCGGAGUUGUUUUGUUCGGUGGGACACAAUUCAUAACUUAAAUAAAUUAAUAUUGUACUGUGCCUUAGUGUUAAAUAAUUAUUUUAUUUAAACAAAAGAAGCGGAUUUAUAAUAUGAUUGCCUUUCAAACACAACAAUUAAGUGGUAUUGAGUUAUAGGCGUGAGAAAAAGCGAUAAAAAAAUUUAGUGGUGUUGCGCCGUAAUGGAGGCGAUAUUCUUGUGCGUGUCAAAUCCUUAAAUUUCAGAUUUCAAACGCCCGUGUUCUCAACAAAUUCAUUCAUUGAAUUAUCUGGCUUUAGUAUCGCUUUAUCAAUUCCAAAAUUCGAAGAAUAACACAGGAAAUACUAGCUAUCAAGCUAUGAGUUUCAGAUGUCUUCUACUCGCUAUUCUUUAUUGCAUAUGUACACUAUGUACAAUCUCCAACAUUUUUGCGCAAUCGCCAGGUGAAACGAGUCCUCGGAUUAUAAUCGAAAUCGGUGACAAUGCCAACAUCACUUGUCGCAUGAAUUUGAAAAUGUUUGACGGCGAAAAUAGUUCAUCAUUAUAUUUCACGUCCGAUGAACCAGAACAAGAAGCUGCGCUCACUAAUAUAAGGAUCAUUAACGCCACAACGAUUGUUUACAUGCUGCGCAAUGCCAGCGAGCAGUUUACGACUUACACGUGUAAAAGUGGUCAAUAUGCAAUUGCAAGCACAGACGUCAUUGUCGGUACCAAGCCCACAGAGGUUAAAGAUUUCAACUGCCAGGCAUUUGACUUCACCUACAUGACGUGCUCGUUUACAAUACCAGAAAAUAUGGUCCCAACCACAUAUAACUUGAAAUAUAUAACGCAAAAUGCGAAUUACAUACUGAACUGUGUAAAGUUGGUAAAAGAAGGCGACAAAGCCACUUGUAACUUUACCUUGGAGGAUGGCAGCUAUAAGCCCAACUUUGAGUUUUACAAUUUUCGCUUGACAAGCAACAACACAUUGGGCGCGCUUACACAGAAUUUCACCAUCAAUCACAAAGAAAUUGUUAAACCCGCUAUUAGCAACUUCCACAUUGAGGACAUCUCAACCAACGCUUGUGUGCUAAAGUGGGAAAUGGAGCGUUAUUCCUCGUACAAGCUGAAUCGUCUGCAAAUGGAGGUGCAUUUACAAUCGCCGCACUAUGAAAGCACCAGAAACUUCACGUGCAAGAAAUGUAACAAGCGUGAAAUGUUCGAUUUGUCCAUCGACGAUCUGCCCUACCCAUACUAUGAAUACAAUAUAAGUUUGCGCAUAAAGAUGCGAAUGCCAGCGGCAACUUGGAGCGAUGCAUAUAGCAUUGUUUUUCGCACGCUGCCGCUUGCGCCUGAAGUGCCACCCCAAGUGGAUGUGAGCAGUUUCUACUUGAACGCUACGCAUUUGCGUUUGUUUUGGUAUCCCACAGCGGUGUAUCAUAGAAAUGGUACGAAUUUCCAUUAUAUUGUGAAGCUUACGCAGCAGGAUGGCCUCCCAGUAAAUCAAGCAGCGCUGCAUAUGGCUGUGCCCACUGUAGCCUUCCCCUGGAACAGCGCACACAGUUAUGAUUUCAGCAUUUGGAGCAGCAAUGAAAUGGGCGUGUCCUUGCGUAGUAGUCGCAUAUAUGUGCCUGCGUUACCGAAAAACUACGACAAGCGUACACCGUUUGGUAUAAGAAAUGUGUAUCACUCUUUGGAUCGAACUUAUACGUUGCUGUGGAAUGCGCCGGAAGAUGCGGAGGGUUUAGAGAAUUAUACGGUUUUUUGGUGUCAACCUAAGAGCGUCGCUUCCAAUGAGUGUCAUAACAUAAUCGGAUUUACGCAGCUAGAUAAGAACGUGAACAAUUUCACAAUAGAACACAGUGAAUCGUUGAUCUUAGCAGUCGCUGGCAAUUAUCGCGAUUAUUACACGGGCAUGCAUUGGGCAAAGUGCACGGCGGACGUAUUAAAUGACCUCGAGAAAUUAGAACCGGAAAUUAAAGCAAAUGCCUACUCGAUAAACGUACGCUGGAAUUUGGAGCACACAUGCGCCUCGCUUAUCAAGGGCUAUACAAUUAACUAUUGCCAAACGAAAUCCGCGAAGAAACCAAAGUGCUGGGGUAAAUCCGAACGCAUUAAUGUUGACAAAAGAGAAAACAAAUAUGAGAUUACGAACCUAAUACCAAACUCCCACUAUCAAAUGGAGAUGUAUAUUUAUUCCGACUUAAAGGAGGGGCCAAAAAGCAAUAAGCUGGUCAUACAAACACAAGAAGGCGCGCCCACGCCACCAAGAAGCCUUACCUAUGAGAACAUAACAAGCCAGUCGGUGGCGUUGUCAUGGCAGUCGCCGCAAGAGGCCAACGGCAAAAUACGCUACUACAUUGUGACCUAUAAUCGGGAAAACCAGACUGUGCACUGCAAAAACUUGAUUGGUCCGCAUUGCUUCGUUGCAAGUAGGCGUGGUGAACGUUACGGCAUUGAGAAUUUAACUUACACGCUGCAAAACCUAAGCAGUUUCACUAAUUAUACAAUUUGCAUAAAAGCAUUCACCGUUGCUGAAUCGCUGCCCAGCAAUUGUGUGGUUGUAAAAACACACGUGGGCGUGCCCACCAGCCCCACACAAGUCCGAGUCAACGAAACAAACAAGAAUGCGAUACUAUGGCAUGAGCCCGAAGUUCCGUCGGGGCGUGUGGACUACUACGAAGUGAUUGUUGAAGUCAAAUUGAGGCAAGUGCUCGAAGGUCGUUAUAUUUCGCGCAUAACAACUGGCAGGCAAUGCACUAUGCCCGAUAUUAUUUGCGAUAAUGAGGAUUACGAGUAUACAAUUAGGGUACGGAGCGUUAAUAUCGCCUAUGCAAAUGAGACCGAUACAAAACUCGUGCAGCACGCCAAACACUAUACCGAAUAUGACCAAUAUGUAUCGUCCUACAAUAAUAAGUUGGGUUGCGCUGAGGCGGCGCCACUCUCACCGGCGACCACAAAUAGUAAAUACAUCGAAUAUAGAUCGGAUGCAGCUUACGGCUUCCAAAACAUUUGCAGUCCACCUGCCAAAGCUGAUAGCAAAUUAUGGAUUAUUAUAUUUUGCAUAAUAAUAGGCGCUUCAUUCAUAUUCAUGUGUGGUCUGCUCAUCUAUAGAAGAUGUCAUGCGAUGGCUGCUAUUAGCUGCAAGAUACCACAAAACUUGGAAGAUUUGGUCAAUAGCUCCGGCGACAAACUGCGUGAACAUGAAAAGUUUAUGAGCUCUUCUGCCAAACAAAAUUAUUAUAAUAGCGAAAAUGGUAGUCUACUAACAACAAGCAUUUCAAAUGAUUCCAACUACUCUUACAAUGGCACACGCUCUUCGGCUACAACAAAAAGUAGUUAUUGUGAUAGCAACACGAGCGAUUAUGGCAACAGCCAUGCGACCGACGAUUAUUGUAUACAAGAUCCUUUGACAUUAUCCAACACGGCAUUGCUGACGCCCGUGCCAGAAACGGGCUACAUGGCAAUGACCACGCCGCUAAACACUGCGCCGACGCAACUGAAACACGCGAAUGGCGGUAAUAUGUUGGAUAAUGGUUAUGUGCUACCGAAUGCCUUGCCAACGGAUGCCAGCGAAAAGCCGUUCAUGAUCGCUUUGGCAGCAGGCGAUGGUUACGUACAUCCAAAUAAUCGGCAGUCCUUCAAUAAUGCGAAUAUAACCAGCGCAAAUUAUAUAACCGCCAUGAGGUAGACGAACUAGCGAUCAGAGAAAAGUGUUAAAUCUACACUGUAAUGGCGUACCAAAAAGAAAUAGCAAGUGACUUCUGCUGCUGCGCAGCGCCGAGCGUGUUCGCGCAUGUGCGCUGUGCGCAGACUUUUGUCGUGUGUCCUCCGCAUAGCACAAGUGAAAGCAAUAAAAAAGUCAGAUGUGUCUAUUAUUUAUAAAUUAUAGCACAAUGGUGUCUGGUGUCCCUUUCUAACAACAAAGUAAAGAAGUGAGGUUAAAUUGUUAUGCAACUGAGUGGUUAACAUUUUUAAUUGCCUUCACAGCAUUCAAUAUUCUAAUUGUUAUGUAAUAUUUGUUUAUAAAACUCUAACGAAAGUAUAAAACACACCAAAAACAACAAAACAACAACAAAAAAGCAAGUGUUGGUCACAAAUCACAUUUUACUACAUCACAACGGUAUUAGUAAAUAUUUAUUAUAGCUUUAAAUAACAGUGAAUUGGCGCUUGUAAUUAGACAACGAAGAAUAGCAAAUAGCAGAAAGUCGUAUGGAAUUUCAUAACCUCAAUUUGAUUAAAAAAUUUAAAAACUUUUUUAGUUGAUUUUUUUUUUUGCAGACGCGCGCUAAAGUUUCUCUUUUUGUCCCAAAAAGAGUUAUUGAAUGAAAAUAAGUUUUUUUACUCUCAAUUUUAACCGAAAUCACUUUUCUUUUUCCAUGCAAUAUCCAUAUGAUAUGGAAUUUUAUAGUAUAUUGUAUUAAGCAAGCAAGUCUACAACUUUUAGAAAGUGAUUUUCUAAAACAAAAUUUCAUGCUCUACAAAAAAUGUCUUAAUCAUUUUUUCCAUAGGCACAUUCUUUUAAAAGUUAUACGCAGUCGAAGUUAUACAUUAAAUCUACUGAGUAUUUGUGGGUGAUUAAUACAUACAUGCUGUGUUGCUCAUACGCCAUGGUGUACCGUAUGAAUCCAGUACCUUUGAUGCAUAACUUGAACUGCGUAUAACUUUUAAAAUAUUUGUUUAAUGAAAAAAAAAAUAUAUUAAAAUCUGUUUUGUAGUGCAAAAAAAUUUGUUUCAGAAUAUCAAGGUUGUAGGUUUGCUUGCCUAAUGCAAAACAACAAAAAAUACCAUGUUGUAAUCCUGAGAAAAGAAAGAGGAUUUAGGCAAUUAAAUUCAAAACAAAAAACUUCUUGGAAGUUGUAAAAUUCUUUUUAAAGCAAAAACUGAAACUUCAGCGGGCGUCUGCGAAAAGCUUUCAAUUUGAAAAAUAAAGCACACGCAAGAUAUACAUAUGCAUUAUAUAUACAAUAGAUAUUUACCUCGCUUAGCGUGCAUGCAUUACAAGCCAAACUCACUGUUCGAAAACGAAGUGCAGCUAAAAAUAUAAAUGAGAUAUAUAAAUUAUUAAAUAUAUUUAUGUAUUAUAAACACAAAGUCUGUCAAGUGCCUUUAUUAAGCAAAUUAUUAAUUGUUUAGUUCAUUAAUUUAGCUUUAUGUAGUUUAAGUGAAAUACGCUGUAUAUAAGUAUAAAUAUUAUUUUUAAGUUAUAAAUAUUAUUUCUAAGUUUUCGAUGCAUGUAAAUAUAUAUAUUAUAUGUAUAUAUAAAGCUUCUGCUUGACGUGAAAGUCAACGAAAAAACAUAAUUUUAUUGCUAAUUAUAUAAGUUAAAGUGGCCUUUUACGCAAUAUUUGUAUUAGAAAUCUUUAGAUUUGUAAGCCUCAACAGCAUUUUUAGCUUAAUUAAAAGAAAAUGUAUUGCAAGAAUUAAAAUAUAUUUAUAAAAACAACAAACAAAACGAUAAUUUAAUAUUUUCCUGCAGCUAAUGCACGCAGUACGCUUGCUAACAUAAAUUUUAUCCUGUCGAGAUGCCUCGUAAGGCAAAUUCACCUAAAAUGCAAAAUAGCGUAACAACACUUUGC